UUUCAACACAGCCUGUCAAAACAUAUCGACUAUGCCUUGGCUUCUGUUGGGUCCUCUUCUGCUUCGACAAUUAUGUGAACAUGUCGCUCUAGACGAUUGACUUGUCCGGAAGCGGAAAUGCUUGUACUAAACAAUGACCCGUCUCUCCGCUUUCAGUACCCUGCACUCUUUGUUCACAUCUACCAAUUUGGAUAUUUUUUUCGAGUCCGACAGACAAUGUCUUUGGCCAGAAGCGGUCGUCCCUAGACAUGGUCUUCUACCGUACCUGUCAAAGAGACUCCUCUGCCUCUGAUCAUCUCAGGCAGACGAUUUCCACGCGAGCAUAGCAACAAUUUCGAACGGCAAUUAGCCAUACUAUCUUCCCAUGCCGCCACCGCCACUCACUCUCGGGAAGGAAGCUGCAAUCUUUGCAGAUAGUUCUGGCCUCAGAUUUCUCCGCCCACGCCCACAAGAUGCGCCAAAUGGCGGACAUUGGGUUGGGGGAUGGAAGCUCGGCACUGGAGCUUAUGGUCAAGUGAGCCUCUGGUUGUUUAUUGACUCAGCUACCCACGCCCCCCUCGCAUCGGUUGCCAUCAAAGACACUGCUAGCAGCAAACCUACAAUCGAAGAGGGCGUAUACGAAGGGAUCUACGAAAGACUCGUCGAAAAAUGCAUGGACUUUGGAGUCGAUCCUGGACGCUCACGGGGACAAGCUGACCCCGCUGAGAGAUUCUGUAAAGAGGCCUACUUACAAGGCACAAUGACCGUCCCGAAUUCAACUGAGGAGAUGUUUUCCGUACCACUCUAUGGCUGGGCGAGAAAACAACCUAGCAUUUACGGAGACGCAUACCAGCAUUAUCGUCUGUACAUGCCGUCUUACGAAUACGGUGAUCUUAACGGUCUCAUCUCGGCCCACCGGCGCAAAGGGCGAGCUGUCCCGGAACCUUUUAUCUGGCACACUUUAGAAUGCUUAUUGAAGGCAGCCAAACAAUUGGAAGUUCAAGCCCGAGAACACGCCCGUCCUAGGGACUCAGAUGUCAUCGUGGUGUUCGAUAUGAAACCCGACAACAUACUGCUAGCACCUCCCGACAGAGACUCGAGUUUCCCCAUCUAUCCUCGCCCUCAUCUGGCUGACCUUGGUGGAGCAUGUCUCACAAACAGAUACGAUGCCAAAAAUAUCAACCACAAUAUGUCCUUCCAGAGAACCCAGGGAUACGAUGCUCCUGAAAUGACGUACGAAGCCCCACUGAAACCAGGUACAUUGCGUGGUACAUGUACGAAUUUAUGGCAGAUUGGGAGGGUGGCCGAAGCCUUGAUGAAGCUCGAACCGUGGUUCAAACCCAUCGACUACGGAAAAAUGGUUCACCUUGAAGACAGGUCAAUCUCGAUAUUGAGUUGGCAAGGUUCACUGCCUGGCCAAAACUACUCGGCCGCUCUCAGAAUGAUUAUCCGCGAUUGCCUUAAGUUCGAGCCCUCCGCACGACCUGGACUGGAGACGUUAUUGCCUGAAAUCGAACAGAACAAACCUCUACACUGUCAAGGGAUAGACAAGUACGGAAGCGACGACUGGUUCAAGAUCGAACGGACAAAGGCCAAUGCUAGAGAUAUCGGCAAGCCACCGCCACAUAUAGAUUCUCCAGAGACAGAAGCCAGCAGGCGCGAGGAGCGAGAGCUGAAAAGACGUCUGGACAAAGCGGCACCAUGGCUACGAACCUGGACUUUGCAAGAAGGGGAAGAACUUUGCAAGCUCAACGUCUUUCCCGAUGAGAAUCUCGAGGUCGAGUAUCGACCAAAGAAUAAUUUCUGGACCACCGACGAAAACUACAAUGUAUAUGCCACUGAUGAAGUGACCUUUAUACAUCCUUUACCCUACCGGAUAGUUGCCGGUGCGCCGAGACGUGUGGUCAGCCAGGAGACUACGUUUUUGAAGAUAGGGGAUCUGCAUCUAGUCUCGAACACUGCGCAGGGAGGAGCUCCACUGUCGUGAGGAAUCUAUGUUUCUGUUCGCAUGAUUUCAGUUUUGUCGAUCUGGUCGGUUUGUGAGUUGUCGCGUUGGUGCUUCUUCUGAUUUAGUACAUAAUGUUUCUGUUCUGUUUGCGUCCCUUAUCAGAUUAACACCUUUCUAAUUCACGCCUGUCCUGCACUUCUCAGUGUUUAUAAUUUUUCAAAGUGAU